GGAGGAGGGUUUGGUCCUGUAUCUGAUGAUGGGUAUGGUGUUUCCUAUAUGAUACCAGGCAACAAUAAAUUCUUCUUUCAUGUUUCAUCCAAAAAAUCAUGCCCGCAAACCAGUUCUGUUAAAUUUAUGGAUGAAUUGUUUGCAUCCCUGCAGGAAAUAAAAAAUUUGUUUCAAAAUGAAGAGAAAAGAGAGGUUGUUGAUAAGAAAUUUUCGUAA